CUUUGGAUCUGCUACGGCUGGAGUUCUUGGCGUGCUCAUCACAGUGCGCCUCAUCAAGCUGGCGAUUGAUGUUGCCAUCCAUGGAUACGCACUGCAUUCCGCUUACGGAUGCAGCCUCUUCGUCUUAGGAGCUAUUUGGAGCUCUCUCACCAACCUGCUGCUCUACCUGGCUGGAAAAACAACAAAGGUUGUAAACAAGGAAACAUCAGCUGAUCCUGUCAAUGCCCUGCCUUCCCCCACCAACGACAGCCGAGACGCAGAGAACAUCAACGCCCGCUCCACAACCGUAACAAGCGUAAAUACAUACGAACCAAUACCCGUAAUUUACACUGACUUAAACGAACGUUUACGGAGCAUAGAACAAAUCUCUCCGAAAACUAUCGAGAUUCGUUCUAAAUAAGGGGGGGGUUGUAACGUCCCAACGUCCGGAAAAUUUUGUCCAAACGUUUUCUCGCGAAACUUGUCCAGAUGCAUGCGCGCUGAGUUACCUUACUCAGUAAUACGUUUCUAUGGCUCAUUCUUACUUUCGUUUAAGUCGUCAUUAUAUAAUAAUAAUAAUUCAAAUAUUAAGCACUUAAUCGUACUUUAAAAUUACGUACAUAUAUAUAUCAAAAUCAUAUAUUACAUAUAUGUAUACUUUAAGUUAUCUGGCAUUAUUUUAACUCUCUUAUCGAUACGAACGCAUAGGCAACCGGAUCGUUUAAACUUCUAAAUUCUUACUCUCGUAUUGCUUAUGGGUUCGUCGAGGAUUAAUUAACUGUAAGAUAAAUAAGAACCGGAUAUUUGUAAAGGCCCUUGCACGUGCACUGUCGGAUGAUUAAAGAAAUGAUAUCUCGUCAACUGAAUCCUCAAAGAUUCAAACGGAACGGUUCUAAAACAAAAUCUGCUAUUAUCAACACGACGGCGACAGGAUGUCGCGCCUAAAGAAAUACAAUACGAAAUUAAUCCGCGUAAUAUCCGGACUGCGUGUCGGAAGAUCAGGUGAACCAUAGCUAGGCAUUUAACAUAAACAGUUCGUAAGAUAUAUCCAUUUCACGUUGGCGACGAGAUGUCGCGCCCAAGAAAUAAUUAAGAUUGAUAAACCGGCGAGAUAUUUGGUAGUGAAAGCGAUCCUAGCCGAAAAAUAUCCCGGAUCAAAUGAUCGACGAAAUCCUAGACGAGAUAUCUCCGAUAAACAUCCGCACACGUGCAAACGGUCUCACGCGCCUUAUCAGCGACCCCCGAAACUCGGUUCCCGCCAAGCCGCCGAAUCACUCCCACUCUUACCGACUCUUGCGCUUCGCGCGUGUUCCCUACUCCGGAGCGCUAGCGGCCGCUGAGCGCAGCGCCGAUUUUGCUCGAUCCCUUUGUCCGCGCCCUAUUUAAACCCGCGCACAGACGCCGGAUCAUUGAUUAAUUCAUGCAUUCUCUCAUUAUUUUUCGACACUCGUUCAGUACCAAUUCAGCGAUUAAGUCAGUCAUUAGUUCUCGGUCACGCGUCACUCUUCAAUCUUCAAGUUAUCUGCAACCUCUCUCGUACUUCGCGAUCAACUCAUUGUUAAUUAAGUUAACCAGUGCGUGCUCCGACAGACUGCUACCACCAACAUAUCUCUGGGACCAUCUUCAACUGUCAAACCACAUCAACCAUUUAAUUAUUAGUGGACCAAACUAUUGCUUCAAACCAUAUUAUAACUCGUACAACCCUCUCCCCUCCCUUGUGCCGCGAUGAAUUCCACAACACCUAAAACCAUCAAGAAAAAUCGCCACCGCGCUGGGAAAAGGAAAAGAGCAAAAAUCCUCAAGGCUCAACAAAAAGCCCUAGAGCGGGCUUUCGAGGAGAUUGAAAAUUUCGUGGGCUACCCGCUGGAGCACACCCCCCUUCCUCCUCCAGUCACAGACGCUCCGCCAGGAAGAGCGAUCUCUUCCUUUGAUCUAUUCCAAGAAGACACCGUCCCUUUGGAAAACUAUAACCAGUUAACGUCUAACGCGCCCGAAAUAAUCACGCUUAGCGAUUCCGAUCACGAUUCUCCGGAGUUGGAACCUUUAGAUCCAACUGCGGAAUACCAUAGCGAUGCAGUAGCGCAGAUUAUUAUAUUUCCGCCAGAGAAUUAAAUAAUACAUGUAAUAAUCCUAUACGUUGUUUAUUAAUAAAUAUAUACAUAUAUAUAUAUA